GAAGAACCACAACUCUUUAAAAAAAAAUCCAGAAACAUGAAGCAGUUUUUCCAGCGGUCCUUGCCCACAACGCCCCGCCAUGGCUGGAGCCUCUAGUUCUGCCCCUUCAGAAGACUCCAUCAGUAUUUAAAAUCAACACGUGAUUAGAUGAGUCCAUGUACACGGGGAACGGUCCACGGGGCUGCCGUGUCCCCUCCAUCUCAAGAGUGACCUGCUGCACAGAGCUGGAGAAGGCUCCAGAGAAGGGAGACUCUGGCAUGACCAUGGCGGAGAGGAGAUACAGUACUAAACACAAUGAUUUUCUGGGAUCUAACGGAUGCUUUGCCAACACACCAUCCUCUGGCAGAAGCGUCAGCCCCUCGUCUUCUGUUGAAACAGGUCUGGGUGUCAGUGAGCCCCCAGGCCCCUGCAGAGUGUCUGUUCACCUAGAGCGUGCUGCAGAUUUAGCUCAGAAAUCCUCCUCCUCACAUUCUGAUCACUCAUCUGAAACCUCAUUGCCUAAAAUCCAAAACGAUAAAUAUCCUGAGGAAUUCAGCCUGCUUAAGUUGCAAACAAAAGAUGGGCAGCGUCCUGAGUGGACAUUUUACCCGAGGUUUAGCAGCAAUAUCCACACCUAUCAUGUCGGAAAGCAGUGCUUGUUUAACGGGGUCUUCCUCAGCAACAGGCGGUCUGUGUCAGAGAGGACAGUGGACAAGUGCUUUGGGAGGAAGAAAUAUGAUAUUGAUCCCAGGAAUGGAAUCCCAAAGUUAACUCCUGGAGAUAAUCCAUAUAUGUACCCAGAACAGAGUAAAGACUUCCACAAAGCAGGAUCAACUCUCCCACCUGUGAAUUUUUCACUAGUGCCUUAUGAAAAGAAAUUUGAUACAUUUAUUCCACUUGAGCCUCUUCCACAAAUUCCCAAUUUGCCUUUCUGGGUGAAGGAGAAGGCCAACAGACUGAAGAAUGAGAUAAGAGAAGUUGAGGAGCUUGACAAUUGGCAGCCAGCGUUCCCCUCGAUACACAGUUUACUCACUGCUGGUUCUUUGGACUUUACAAGACAAUCCUGAGCCAGAAACAGGCCCACAAAGCAUGCGCUGACUGUCCUCUGGAGAGCCUCUUCCAGCUGAUUGCUUCUGUCAGGGGGACUGUUUUAAAUCUAAUGCCUCACUGUGAUGAGGAGUCACUGUACUUUGCUUUUGUUAACUUUGUAUUUGGAAAACUUUCAACAUUACAGAUAAGUUGCAAGAAUCGUA